GGUAAUCUGCAACGCAUGCACGCUUUUGUCUUACAUGAACUGUAGUUUGGCCCAACUACGGAAUUUAGAGCAGACAGACCUGCCGUCCUGAGCAGAAUGGAACUGUAAACGCGUUUUUCGAUUCAGCUUUGUCCAGGCAACGGGUUCAGCUCGUGUCUGACCUAAUGGCAGCUCAUUUAAAGAAACGUGUUUACGAAGAAUUCACUAAAGUUGUUCAGCAACAGCAACAUGAAGAAGCCCCAGCGAAGAAGUUGCGCUUGACCAAACCCAGUAAGUCAGCUGCCCUGCACAUUGACUUGUGUAAAGCCACGACACCCACAGACGCCCUUCAGUACCUGCUCCAGUUUGCCAGGAAGCCUGUGGAGCCUGAGAGUGUGGAGGGAGUGGUGCGCAUUCUCUUGGAGCAUUAUUACAAGGAAACUGAUAGCUCUGUAAGACUGAAGAUUGCCUCUUUGCUGGGUUUGCUUUCCAAAACACAAGGAUUUUUACCCGAUUGUAUAGUAGAUGAUGCCAUUAAUACGCUUAAUAAUGAAAAAUCCCAUCAGGUUAUUGCUCAAUUGCUGGACACUCUCCUGGCCAUUGGCACACAGCUUCCAGAAAACCAGACCAUUAGACUUCGGCUUGUUGAAGUGGCUUGCAGGCACCUUACAGAUACAUCGUUUGGAGUGAGGAAUAAAUGCCUGCAGCUGUUGGGCUGCCUUGGGUCUGUAGAUAAACCUGUCUCCAAAGAGUUAGAGAGUAUGGUAUUAAAGGACGUCCAGAAAAUAAUCGGCGAUUACUUCAACGAUCAGGAUCCGCGUGUACGGACGGCAGCAAUCAAAGCAAUGCUGCAGUUACAUGAACGGGGAAUGAAGCUACAGCAGACAAUUUACAGUCAGGCCUGUAAACUGCUGUCGGAUGACUAUGAACAAGUGCGAUCUGCCGCUGUGCAGAUGGUGUGGGUUCUCAGCCAGCUCUAUCCAGAAAGCAUUGUCCCUAUUCCUUCCUCCAAUGAAGAGAUACGAUUGGUCGAUGAUGCAUUUGGCAAAAUUUCCCACAUGGUCAGUGAUGGGUCAUGGGUAGUCAGAGUGCAGGCAGCUAAACUCUUGGGCUCUAUGCAUCAAGUGAGUGCACACUUUCUGGAGCAAACAUUGGACAAGAAGCUAAUGUCUGAUCUCAGGAGAAAGCGAACCGCUCACGAAAGAGCCAAAGAGCUCUACAGCUCAGGGGAAUUCUCCUCAGGACGGAAGUGGGCAGAUGAUGCCCCCAAGGAGAAAGUGGACACGUACGCUGUCAACCUGAUUGACUCGGGAGCUUGUGGAGCUUUUGUGCAUGGCCUGGAGGAUGAGAUGUUUGAGGUGCGUAUCGCUGCGGUGGAGGCUCUGUGCACGCUGGCCCAGUCCUCUUCAUCGUUUGCAGAGAAGUGCCUUGAUUUCCUGGUGGACAUGUUCAAUGAUGAGAUUGAGGAGGUGCGGCUGCAGUCUAUCCACGUCUUGCGUCAGAUCUCCAACAACAUCACCCUGCGCGAGGACCAGCUCGACACCGUGCUCGCUGUGCUGGAGGACUCUUCUCGUGAUAUUCGAGAGGCCUUGCACGAGCUCCUGUGCUACACCAACGUUUCCACGAAAGAAUGCAUUCAGCUGGCUCUCGUGGAGCUGCUGAAGAACCUGACCAAGUACCCAACUGACCGUAACUCUGUCUGGAAGUGCCUGAAGUUUCUGGGGGCCAGGCACCCUACCCUUGUUCUGCCUCUGGUCCCAGAGCUCCUGAGUACACACCCGUACUUUGAUACACCCGAACCAGAUAUGGAUGAUCCUGCUUAUAUUGCUGUGCUGGUUUUGGUGUUCAACGCUGCAAAAUCGUGUCCUACAAUGUCCGCACUUUUUUCAGACCACACGUUUAGGCAUUAUGCUUAUCUAAGAGACAGUCUCUCACACCUGGUUCCACCAUUACGGUUACCGGGCAGGAAGCUGGUGUCUGUGUCAGAUUCCUCUGGUAUGGCGUCUAGCGAGGAGUCAUCCCAGCAGUUCCUCCGGCAGAGCCUGGAAAGAGUCUACACCAUCCAGCACCUGGAGGCACAGGGGGCACAGGAACUGCUUGAGUUCACCAUCCGCGAUCUGCAGAGGCUGGGGGAGCUGCAGCCAGAGCUGGCCGGAGCAGCUGACUUUUCUGCAACAUACCUUCGCUGCCAGUUAUUGCUGAUGAAGGGCCUGCAAGAGAAGCUGUGGAACGUUGCUGCCCCACUAUACUUGAAACAGAACGCAAUGGCGUCUGCAGCAGCUCGGCAGAUUUUGGAGGAGACCUACAAGCUGGAGUUCCUGUACAGUGGGCUAGAAACCCGACAAGUGGCCAUUGUUCACCAUGUGAGACUGCAGGCCAAGGCACUACAGCUGGUCCUCAACGCUCGCACCAGUCGAGGAGUGGAACCUCUCUUGAGUAUUUGUGAAAAGUUUCUUCAAGAAGUGGAUGCUUUUCAGAGGUGCUUUGUGGCAGAGCUCACCCACUUCCAGGACAGUUUUGUUGAGAAGCUGCUUGAACUUAUGCCCAGGCUUUUGGCCUGCAAGCCCCUCGACCUGGUAAAGAUCCUGCAGACAACCCUGAGACAAAGCGGCUUUCUGCACCUCAGACUGCCUGAACAGCUCCACAGAGCAACAGCAACUAUCAUUGAACCUACAGGAGAGUCUGAUAACCCCUUGAGGUUUACCUCAGGGUUAGUUGUGGCCCUGGACGUUGAUGCAACACUGGAACAUGUGCAAGAUCCACAGAAUAGUGUGAAGGUUCAGGUGGUUUAUCCAGAUGGACAGGCGCAUAUAAUCCACCCCAGACCUGGUGAUUUCAGGAACCCUGGUCCAGGAAGGCACAGAUUGAUCACUCAGGUGUACCUUUCACAUUCUGCUUGGACAGAGCCUUGUCAGAUAGAAGUAAGGCUGCUUCUCGCUUACAGUUCUAGUAAAAGCCGAACUUCCAUCCUCAAACCAGCCUGGAAUGAAAGCACAGAUGGCCUCCCAGCCACAGAAAAUUCCAUUGAGGGAACCAUUCCCUUUAGCAAGUCAGUCAAAGUGUUCAUAAUGCCCAAACCAACCAGACGCUGACCUGCUGGACCUCAAUAAAUCGAUCCUUGUUAACCAAGUGGAUUCAGAUUGUAUGUAGAUAUAUUACCUAUGUAUAUCUGUAAAACUUUCCUGUUCAUUUUUUCAUUGGCUACCCCCGAUAUCUUUGUAAUACAGCGCCAAAACUGUAAAUGUGUACACCUGAAAUUCAGAUUUAUACUAGUAACUUAACCUAAUAUUUUCACUUUUCGUGUAUUAUUAUGAUCAAAGUAUAAUCUGUGCUCUGUACAUUAAGAAAUGCAUUCAAUAAAAAAACAUUUGAUAUGAGACUAGAAAGUAAGUCAAUUUUAAAGUGAAGAAAUUGUUUACAUACUAUUGGAUCACACCAUAUUAGCACUAUAGAUUUAGGAAGUCAUGGGUUUGGUAUUUUUGUUAUUGGCUAAUUCUGUGCUCGUUAUUUAUUUAUUUUUUUUAGUUGUGAUACAGUUAACACUGUAAUAAGUAGUUACAGAAUUACUUUUGGGUGUAAACAUUUUCAACCCCUGGAUUAUUGCAUAAACCAGUUCUGGCAAUAUAAAAACAUACAUUAAAAUAUUUUAGCUUUGUAAAAUAAUCGUUUUUCUAAAUAAACAUUC